GAAUGACCAGAGCCAGCUCUAACUGUCCUGCUGGCAGCACUGCCCUCACACUGCACCUCAUCCACAAUGGCUUUCAGUGGCACUUGGCAGGUCUACGCUCAAGAGAACUAUGAGGAAUUUCUGAAAGCUCUUGCACUACCAGAAGACCUUAUCAAAAUGGCUCGAGAUAUUAAGCCUAUUGUUGAAAUCCAACAAAAAGGAAAUGACUUUGUUGUGACAUCAAAAACACCCAAGCAGACUGUGACUAACUCCUUCACACUUGGAAAAGAGGCUGACAUUACAACUAUGGAUGGCAAAAAGCUAAAGUGUACUGUGCACAUGGUAAAUGGGAAGCUUGUGUGCAAAUCAGAAAAAUUCUCACAUGAGCAAGAAGUUAAAGGAAAUGAAAUGGUAGAGACUAUUACUUUUGGUGGAGUUACACUUGUCAGAAGAAGCAAGAGAGUUUAAAGACAGCUCACCUUCUUUGUGACAUCUUUACAUCCUUAAAAUAAAGUGUGCUUUCUACAA